AUGGCAGACAAGCUCGACGCUAUCCUCAAAAGCUAUGUCGCAGAGGGCACUACGACCAAGGACAAGCUCCUCGGCGCAUCCUUUGUCGUCUUCAACAAAGAUGGCCCCCUCUACCAAGGCUCCGCAGGCCGCACCCGCGCUCCCCCCUCCUCCCCCCCCUUCACCCCCCCCUCCAUAACCUGGCUGGCCUCCAUGACCAAGCUCCUAACCACCACCUGCCUCCUCCACUUCACCACCCACAACCCGCACCUCCUCACCCUCGACCAAGACCUCCGCCCUCUCAUCCCCGAACUCGCUUCCAACCCUAUCUUGACAGGCUUCGUCUCCGCCGCUGACGCCGCUGACGCCGCUGCCUCUACCUCCUCCGGCAGUGGGGAAGGGAAAGCAAAAAAAGAAGGCGAACCUAUUCUUAUCCCGAACACCUCCCCCCUCACCCUCCGCCAUUUACUCACGCACACCUCCGGUUUCGGCGUCGACGUCGCUGACCCGGAUCUGAUGCGCUGGUCCAAAUGGCUUGGUCGUACCUCCCACACGGGCAGUUGUACCGUCGACGGCUGGCUAACACCCCUUAAGUUUGCGCCUGGGGAAGGGUGGUAUUAUGGAGUUGGUAUUGACUGGGCGGGGGUUGUGUUGUUGAGGGUGAGUGGGAGGCAGGUCGGGGAGUAUUUUGAGGAAUUUAUCGCGGGGCCCCUGAGGUUGGAUAGUAUUGGGUGGAGGGUUGGGAAGGUGUUGGGUGAGGAGGGGAAGGAUGGGGGGGAAUGGGUGCCCAGGGCGGAGAGGGAUGAGGAGACGGGGGAGAUUAAAGAGGGAGGGGUCGAGUUUCCUGAGGUGCCGGAGGUGGAGAGUGGGGGGGCCGGGGGGUAUGGGAGUGCGUUGGGGUUUGGGAGGGUGUUGCAGGUUUUGUUGAGGGGGUUGGCUGGGGAGGAGGAAAACGAGGGAGUGGUUUUGAACCAGGAGACGGUGAGGGAGAUGUUGAGGCCGCAGUUGACGGAGGUGCAGAAGCAGUGGAUGAGGGCGAUUGUGUGGACGUAUAAGUCAGCCUCUGAAAUUCCGGAGGGGUCGGCGGUGGACUAUGGGAUGGGGGGGUUGAUUAAUAUGGAGGAUGUGGAGGGGAGGCGGAGGAAGGGGAGUAUCAUGUGGUCGGGCUUCUGCAACUCCAGAUGGUGGCUCGACCCCGAGACGGGCAUUGGUGCGGCCCUGAUUGUGCAGCUGACUCCGUAUGGAGACGAGACGGUGUUUAAGAUGUAUGACGAGCUGGAGCGGGCUGUCUAUGCGGAGCUUGUCCCGCAGAAGUAG